AUGAGCAAAAGAAACAACAUGAUUGAUAACCCAAGUGGUAAGCUCCUUGGAAGAGCUAGAAGGCUUGAAAGUUCCCAUAUUCAUAAUCCUUCAUGACAGUGAUUUCUCUUAAAUCGAAGGAAUGGAAACUCUUUGAAUCUCUGUGCAAUUAACCAAAUAUUAAACCCGAGUGUAGAAGAGACGAAAGAAGUAAAAUUACAAGAUCAUACUACAGAGGAGCAGGACCAUGAGCCGGAAAAAUCCUCUACUCUUUAUGUGGUCUCUAAGAAACUCGAGAAUCUUGCUAUAGAUCUAGAGCAAGCGGAAUGUGAUCUUUUUAAUGCCCAAAAAUACUUGAAGGAAAAGGAAAACUCCCGUGAGGAAGCCCAAAUAUUAAAUAAGCAAGCUGAAAACACCCUGAAGAAAUUAUCAUAUUCUAUGAAUUCGGCCUGUAUAGACUAUGACGUUGCUUCAAUCCUUGUGCAAUUCAAAACAUCAGAGGUAGAGAUGAUUGAACAAGAGAUUCUUAAGUAUCAGCAAAAAUUUGAUAAAUUAUCUAAAUCUGAAAUUAACGAAGAGAGCAAAGCAAAAGUGAAUAAAUCCUCAGAAAUGGCCCAAAGAAGAUCUAAACCCCCAAAAGAUGAUGACAAAAACAAUAAUGUAGUAAUUGAAAGCUUAAAGGCUGAAAUUGAGCGCUUAAAGGCUGAAAAUGCACUCUUAAAGGCUAGAAAUGAAAUCUUAAUAGCAAUGAUUAAAGAAAAAGUUAGAGAUCUCUCAAAAAUUAACAAGAAUCUCAUAAAACUAGAGCUCAUGCUAUCACAAGAAGAUAACAGAUAAUUGCAUAGAGAUUUUGUAAAAUCAAAACC